CGUGCUUUCUCAGUAUUCGUCCGCUUCCUCUUAAGCUCGGAAGCUUUUUGAAAGUUUGCAACUUAAAUCCAUCUCGUUAGUUUCACAACGCUUCAUCAUGCUUCUGCGCGCGUAAUCAUGCAAACAAUGAUCGUCAUCGACAAGCCCCUGAACGAGAACGAGAGCUUUAUCUUGAAUGCCAGCUUUUCCAAGCCGGAAGCGAGCACCCGAGCGCCUCUUGCGGCCAACAGCAGCGACUGGGGCCCGCGGCGCGACCCCCUGGCCAUCGUCAUCCCCAUCACCAUCGUGUACGCGCUGACCUUCGUCAGCGGCGUCGUCGGCAACGUCAGCACCUGCAUCGUCAUCGCCAGGAACAAGUCCAUGCACACCGCCACCAACUACUACCUCUUCAGUCUGGCCAUCUCCGACCUCCUGCUGCUCGUUUCGGGCCUCCCGCCUGAAAUCUACCUCAUCUGGUCGAGAUAUCCGUACAUUUUUGGCGAAGCUUUCUGUGUUAUGCAGGGCUUUGCGGCUGAAACCUCCGCCAAUGCGACGGUUUUGACAAUAACUGCGUUUACGGUGGAGAGGUAUGUGGCCAUCUGCCACCCGUUUCUUUCGCACACGCUGUCGAAGCUGAACAGAGCGAUCAAGUUCAUUGUUGCCAUUUGGAUGGUGGCGAUGUGUCUGGCGAUUCCGCAGGCGAUGGCCUUCGGUUUGGUGUAUGAGAGGUUGCCGGAUGGGAGGGUUGUGGAGGAGCAUUGUGUUUGUACGGUGAAGAGAUUUGUGAUUCCGCACGCUUUCGAAAUCUCGACUUUUGUGUUUUUUGUGGCGCCCAUGUCGCUGAUUACGGUACUGUAUGUGUUGAUUGGGUUGCAACUGCAUAGGUCGACGGUGAGGCCGUCGAGGGGGAAUAGUGUCAAGUUGAAGCAUAGGGUGUACAAGCAGAUUAAUCCGUCCAUUGGAGGGGGCGAGAAUGUGGAGAAGAAACAGGAGGAGGAAGGGAGGAAGAAUUUUGCCAAGAAUGCGCAAGCCACCAAACAUGUUGUGAAGAUGUUGGUCGCUGUUGUGGUGGCAUUCUUCAUCUGCUGGGCCCCUUUCCACGCUCAGCGCCUGCUGGCCAUCUACGGCGAGCAAACUUCAGCUGGAAUGAUCCGAGCCUUUCAAAUCCUGACCUACGUCAGCGGAAUAUUUUUCUACCUAUCAACGACCGUCAACCCGCUGCUCUAUCACAUAAUGUCCCACAAGUUCCGGGAGGCUUUUAAGGCCACGUACAAGCAGUGCUUCCGUCGAGGCCACCGUACCCCUGGAGGUAGGUGUUACUCGACAUUAUCGGGUCGAUCUUCGCAAGUAAACAGUCAUAGCAACACAGAUUCUUACAGCCGCCAGAGCUCACUUCGAUACCUCGAUGCUGAAAUGGCACGUCUACACGACUCUAGAAGGCCACUGGUUGUUUCCUUCCGAAGGAAAAAACCACCAACAUUGCGCCGACCAAAGCAAGUCACGAUUUUUGACAGCGAAUUGCAAAAUACUCUCACCACUUUGAACGCACCAGAAAAGAAUAUUCCGGUCGUGGAAGUACACAGCCUUCAGCCGACACAUAUCUGCCCUUUAAGUGUGUUGAAGCUGGAAGAAUUCGACGAAGAACAGAAGAGAAAUGCAAGGAAUAAGACAAGAACUGGGAGCUGGAACUGUGAGGAAAGAAGCCGAGAGAACGGACUUAUGACAAAGUCCUGCACUAUGCCAGAAAUGAGGAACAAAAUUUUUGACGAGCGAAAUGAACGGUUUUUGUACAGAGACACUUUUGCAGUCUCGGUCAAUUAACACAGACGUAUUUUGUUGAGCUGAAUUUUUAGAAAAAGGCUGUGCAAGUAGGACUUGUGUAUGAAACUUGUGUAGAUUUUAUUUUUUCAAUUGUUCCGCAACUCGUUGUUUGUUGUUAUUUGUUACAUUUUCUAAUUAACUGUAAUUAUUUUGUACCUGUAAUUGUUGUUACAUAAAUAAAUUCGUGUUGUCUGGUGA